AUGUCUGACAUUUUCCGCAGCCUCGAGGAUGUUUCAAAUCCCGAAAAUGUGCCAACCCCCCGGCCAUCGACGACUGCUCUUCCAGAAGUUGAGAGAACUCAAACCAGGAGAAGAACUGCAGACGAAGAGUUCAGUCCCCUCACACCGUUGCGGACUUAUGAAUUGAACGAGAAACUAAUGUCAGAGAGCAUUCCCCUGCGGCCACUGAUCGCGCCAAUAGAGUCCAUGCUAGAGCUCCGUGCAGAGUACGAAGGUGGCUCGCAGGAAUUCGUACAGCAAAUCGAUUGGCUUGUGGCGAAUGGCUGGAAGGGUGUCAGGAGAGCACGAGGAGACGGUGACUGCUUCUACCGCUCAUUGGCCUUUGCAUACGUUGAGAGGAUACUUCAAAAUCCGGAGCCCGUGAUGGGCGUUACCAGUGCGAUCUCGCUGCUUGAAGUAUCCCAGCCAAUGUUGGAGGUGGCCGGCUUUGAGCCAGUCGUUUUCGAGGACUUCUACGAGGUCUUUGUCUCUAUAAUCAACAGAAUCAUCAUCCCGGGGCCCGACGGUGAGCUUCUCACGCCUAUAACGCUACUCGAAGCUUUCAACAAUGACGAGGUCUCGAACUCGAUCGUCGCGUAUCUCCGUCUGCUCACGUCUGCUCAAAUUCGCGAGGAUCCGGAGUCGUAUGCGGCGUUUCUGUUCCACCCCGAGUCAGGCGAGUCGAUGGAUGUCCGCAGCUUCUGCGAGAACUUCGUCGAAUCAGUCGGGAAGGAAGCUGACCACGUCCAAAUCACGGCGCUCUCUCGUGUGAUGAAAGUCAACAUCGACGUCGCAUAUCUCGAUGGACACACGGCGGAGAAGGUCGACUUUGUCCACUUCCACAACACGGACUACUCUGGGCUGGAGCCGAUCAUCUUGCUGUAUAGGCCCGGUCAUUACGAUAUUCUCGACCAGCGGGAAUAUGAAGAGCUUUGA